AUGGCGGGUGUUAUUUACAUUCUUACCGCUACUCCUUUUUUGCUUGUUCAUUACCUCCUUGACAUUGUCCGCUUCGUCUCACCAAGGGGACGUCCCCUUAAAGAAUGGACUUUCAACCAGGCUGUGCGUGUGCGCACAGUCCGAUUACUUCUGGUUUAUUGGGCUUUUGCCCUCGCCGGAGAUCGGCUGACACUAAAGCCUGGCCGGGAGCGGAACAGGUUUGAUGUUUUUCAUCCGAAAUCACAAAUGUAUAAAGGUCCUUUGAGCGCCACCAAAAUACAACCCAAAGCAAUCGGUGCUACAUGGACACCAGCUCAACCCUCUUUAGCUGAAGUCAAGAGCCGGAAAGCCACGGUAGUCCUUCACUUCCACGGUGGUGCCUAUGUCAUCGGUGACGGGCGUGAUCAUGAUACCGGGUAUUUAGCCAAAACCCUCGUUCGGCACAUGGGUUGCAAAUAUGUAUGCACGCCACAGUACAGACUGUCUACGCACAGAGGCGGACACUUCCCGGCGGCGCUACAGGACGCUGUAACGUCUUAUAUCCACCUCGUUGAGGAGAUGGAUAUUCCUGCCUCUCAAAUUAUAUUAUCAGGCGAUUCAGCUGGGGGGAACAUGGUGCUUGGUUUGUUGCGCUACAUUGACGAGUACGGCCAGGACCUCGGGAUUCCAUCACCUGCUGCAGUUGCGCUUUGGUCUCCAUGGACAGAUGUGAGCGCGGCUUUAGAUGUAACUCAGGAUAUCACAAAGUCGCCCUAUUACAUGUCCGACUACCUGAGUGCCGAGUUCGCACGCUGGGGAGGACGCGCGAUCACAGCCUACGGAUCAAUUGACGCUUCAGGUCCCUAUCUCUCGCCACUACACCAUCCUUUUCAGAUGACUACUAGGAUCCCAAUGUUUGUAAACGGAGGGGGCGGCGAGGUGCUGUGCGAUGAUAUCAAGGCAUUCUCCAAAACGUUUGAGAAACACGGCUGGCCUGUACAUCUGGUUGUUUCAAAACACUGUCCACAUGACAUUCUUUUACUUGGACCAAGGUUAGGUUUUCACAGAGAUGCUGAAGCAGCUGUCCGAGAUGCGAAAGCCCAUCAAAUGGCUAUCAAGCUUCAGUCUAAUGAGCCGUCGCCGGCUACCACGCUCGUAACCAUGGACUUUGACGUUAUAAUUGUCGGGGCAGGUAUUUCUGGGAUCAAUACAGCCUAUCGUCUUCAGGAACAAGGUCCACCUGGUAUGAAAUAUGUUAUCCUUGAGAGUCGCGAUUCUAUGGGAGGUACUUGGGAUCUGUUUCGGUAUCCUGGCAUCAGAUCCGAUUCUGAUGUCUACACAUUUGGCUUGCCUUGGAGUCCAUGGAAGGGAACCAGUACCUUUGGCAGCGGAGACGAGAUAAAGCAUUAUCUUAUCCAGUCAGCCAAGUCUGUUGGUAUCGAUCAAUAUAUCCGAUAUCAGCAUAAAGUUGAGACCGCAGACUGGCACCCUGCGGAGCAAAGCUGGCACUUCCAGGUCAAGGUAGCAGGCAAGGAGAAGCCUGUCAUCUUUCGAUCACGCUUUUGCCUUCUCGGCACCGGCUACUAUGAUUACGAAACCCCCAUGCAAACCAUUAUCCCGGGCAUCGAGAACUUCAAGGGCAAAGUGAUUCAUCCCCAAUUCUGGCCAAAAGACUACGACUAUACAGGGAAGGACGUCGUGAUCAUAGGUAGUGGGGCUACUGCAAUUACCAUUCUUCCGUCUAUUAUCGACAAAGUCAAAAGUGCAACCAUGUUACAGAGAAGCCCUGGAUACAUAUUCUCUCGUCCCGCAAGCAAUUUCUUGACAAGACUAAUGUUUGCCAUUCUACCGUUAUCAAUAGCACACAGACCGAACAGGAUUAUAUGGGCUCUUAAGAGUUGGUUCACAACCUGGCUCUGCAAAAACUUCCCUGGGGCAGCGAAGAAGCGCAUCAGGGAUUUAACAAUCCAACAACUGCCUUCUAGCAUCAAGUGGGAUCCCCAUUUCAAACCACGUUACAACCCAUGGGAACAGCGAUUCUGUGCUUGUGUAGACGGGGAUUUCUUUGCUGCUCUUCGCUCGGGCAAGGGAAACGUUGUGACCGACAAGAUCAAAAUGGUCACAGCAAACAGCAUUGAACUAGAGUCUGGAGCGGCUUUACAUCCCGACGUCAUUCUAACGGCCACCGGUUUGAAGCUCAAGUUCGGUGGAGGUAUUCAGUUCUCAAUCGAUGGCAAGGAAUUCAAAAUUGGCGAUAAGUUUUCAUGGAAGGCGGCCAUGCUCGACGACGUGCCCAACCUCCUUUUCAUGACAGGCUAUGAGAACGCAUCAUGGACCCUUGGGGCGGAUGUCAGCGCUCAUCUUUUCAUCCGUCUCCUUCAUUUGAUGGAACAGAAAAACGCCAAAGUCAUCGUGCCUAGAUCGUCCAAGCCCAUGGAAGAGAAGCCUAUGAUGAACUUGUCCUCGACCUAUAUCAAGAAAGCAGGCAGGGAGUUUCCCAUGGGAGGUUCCGAGCAAUGGAGCCCCAAAACCAACUACUUCGCAGAUAUGGCAGGCGCUAAAUACGGAAGCAUUGAAGACCUGUAUUUCUCGUAG